AUGCCGAAGAAGAAAAAGCCUUGCAAGAAAGUCACACAAACAUGGCAGUAUAAAGGGACAAUUCAACAACAGGAGAAGAAUGAUGAACACAUGGAGAGGCCAAGGUGGAGAUCUAAAGACUUGCUAAUGAAGUGGAGUGUUUGGAAUGUGAGGGGUAUGAAUAAAAGGUAUAAGCAGAAGGAGAUUAGGCUGCUUCUACAACAAAAUAAGACUUCUUUAGCAGGGUUAAUUGAAACAAGAGUUAAAGAGACUAAUAGCAAAGCUACUUUAAAAGCAAUAGCUCCAGGAUGGAAGAUCAUACACAACUAUAAGGAGGCUGCAAAUGGUAGAAUAUGGAUAGUAUGGGAUGACAGCUGGUAUGGUAUCAAGUUAAUAAAAAGUUCAGCUCAGAUGGUUCAUUGUCAAAUAAAUGAAAGAAGCAAAGGUUAUCGUUUGAAUAUCACAGUGGUUUAUGGAUUCAAUACCUUAGAAAUGAGGAAAAGCUUAUGGAAUGAAUUGAAGAUGGUAGCUCACAGUGUUUCUGAGCCUUGGCUCAUAAUAAGAGACUUUAAUGCUAUUUUAUCUCCUCAAGAUAGAUUAGUUGGAGCUCCUAUUACUUUGAAUGAGAUCAAGGAUUUUGAAGAAUGUGUUAAGGAUAUGGGAAUUACUGAAGUUGGUAAUGCCAGAAUUGCUAGCAGAAUUGAUAGAGCCUUUUGGAAUGAUUGUUGGAUGGAUAAAUGGGGUCAUGCUAUUAUAGAAUAUGGGAACCCAGGGGUGUCUGAUCAUAGCCCUAUGCACUUUCUACUUUAUCAGAAUUAUCAUCAGAUCAGAGUGAGUUUUAAGUUCUUCAAUGUUUGGAUUGAACAUGAAUCCUUUAUGGAAAUGGUGGAUACAAUCUGGAAGCAGGAAUAUGGAAGUGAAGUAAUGAAAGGAAUAUGGUAUAAGUUGAAGGCACUCCAGCCAGUCUUGAGGCAAUUGAAUAAGAGAGAGUUUCAAUACAUAGGCCAAAAGAUUGAGAAGACAAGAAGUGAACUUGAAGAUCUUCAAGAGAAGCUUUAUAACCAAGCACAAGAUGAGCUAGUUAUUAAAGAAAAGGAGUUACUAAUAAAGCUGGAGAAGUGGUCAAUGAUACAAGAAAAUGCUUUAAGGCAAAAGGAAAGAGCUAGAUGGAUCACAUUGGGAGAUGCAAAUAAUAAGUACUUUAGUUCAGUGAUAAAGGAAAGAAAUCAAAAGAAGAAUUUUAGAAGUAUACUAUCACUAGAUGGAAAGAUGUUAUAUGAACCCCAAGAGAUUCAAGAGGAGUUUGUUAAGUUCUAUAAAAGUCUUAUGGGGUCUUCAGCAGGUAAACUUCCAGCUAUAAAUGCUCAGAUGAUGAAGAGAGGCCCUGUGUUAUCAAGGCAGCAAAGAAUUCAAUUGUGUACAGAUGUAGCAGAACAUGAGAUCUAUACAACAUUGCAGUCUAUUGGGAAUGAUAAGGCACCAGGGGUAGAUGGGAGGAAGAUUGCAGAUAACAUUAUACUGGCUCAUGAGUUGGCCAAGACUUAUACUAGGAAGAAUAUUUCUCCUAGAAGCAUGCUUAAGAUAGAUCUACAGAAAGCCUAUAAUUCAGUUGAGUGGUCUUUUUUAGAACAUGUAAUGGAAGGAUUGGGAUUCCCAGAGAUGUUUAUUCAGUGGGCGAUACACUGUGUGAAAACAGUGAAUUAUACUAUUGUUGUUAAUGGACAAACUACUCAAAGGUUUGAUGCAGCAAAAGGCUAA